AGUGGCAUCCGGCGUCACGCGGAGCCAGCCGCUGGCCGCGUUCCUCGCUAUCUUGCGCCUCUACUUACGUAAGUGACGCGACUAUAAAAUAAUCAUAAACUUAUGAAAACACUCGCCGAGCGUCUUUAUACGUGUAUUACGUGAUCUUGAAAAAUGUGAGUGGCUACGUUCCGUAAGUUAAGCUCGUUCCAACUUUUACAAGUGCGUGAAACGUUUGUUGUGAUAGUUUGACGUUUUAGUGAUCUUCAAGACUGUUAUUGCUAAUUAGGACCGACGAGGAGGGUUGCGAGGCAACACAGUCACCCAAUGGAAAAAGAAAAAUUUUGCGAAUCAAAAAUUUCGACAGUAUAGUUUCUCAGUGAUAAAAGUUAGUGAACAUGUUCUAUUUGUGCCCCAUGUGUAGUUCUGUGUUUUCGUACGAGUGUCAGUGAGGUAUAGUGGCAAAUGCGAAGACGGCGUGGCUGGGCGGCGGCGCGAGCCCCACGGUGAGUGCCCGCGCGCACCAUGCGCCGCCCGCUGGCGCUGCUGCUAGUCGCCGCUGCGAGCGUCGCUGUUUCCGCGCAAAUCGCUUGGACGCCAAUCUUUCUUGACGGCAGCAGUCAAGUGGAUCUCUGGACGCAGUCGUCAAGCGGAUGCGCGUGCCCAGGCGAGGGCGGCGAAGAGUGCGCGUGUUGCGUGCGUGACGGCGCGUGUCCGUGCGGCGACAUCGCGCCCGCCCGCUGCUCGCAGUGCGGACUCGAACAAUACUGUGCUAAUAUGUGCAACAUAACGAUAGAUUCUCGGAUCCUGAAGGCCAAAUCGGGGAAGAGCUUUGGACAAAUUAAAUCGCCAUCCAUGGAGGGACCAGGUUCCUGCUCUUACUUCCUACAGCCCGACGCUGGACAGCGGGUAGAGCUACAGCUGUAUCGACUGGUUUCUGUUGGAAAAUUUAAUGGUACCAGUUGUGUAGGCGGAUGGAUCCAAUUGAGUAGUGCAAGUGCAGUUCGGACUGAUAGUGUGGCUGAAACUCGGCUAUGUGGGGCGAACGAGCGUUACACUCCGCCUGUUGUACUCUUCGCAGACCAUGGCGCAGCUCUGCUUGAGUUCAGAAUAAUAGAAAAAACUGUGAGGUCUCAAUUCCUGGCAUUCUUCAGCUUCACCUCGCUGAGCAAUACUCAAGGGGUGGGUUUUCACCCCAGUGGAGGCUCCCGGAUACCGCACACAGACUGCGACUGGUUAUACCAGGAUGUUUCGUGUCGUGGUCCGAACGCCUGUAUCCUCGCGAGCCCCGGGUACCCAGGCUUGUAUCCACCGCAUCGCAAAUGUCGUUAUCUCUUCGCAACUAACUCCGUGCACACCAGGGUCAAAAUCAUCUUCACUUCCAUAUUACUACCCAGAAAUCACUGUACAUGGGAUUAUCUGACGUUAAGGGCUGGGAGCUCGCCGUCAGCACCGCUACUUGCCUCGCUUUGUUCAGAAAGAAUGGCGACAUUGGAACAUCCCGGACCCAAUUUACUAUUAGAGUUCAAGUCUGGUCCUUUGGUGCCUCCUUACGAUUAUAACGGGUUCAUAGCUAAAUUAGAGUUUAUUGAGCGACUGGACAGCAGUGGUGCGCCGCCUACUGUGUUACCAGCUUCCCCCCCACUAGCCGCCCUUACACAUCUUUUAGAUAAUGGUGAUGCAGCGUUAGACGCAUUGGGUUCGAAUGAAGUGUUCGCAAACAGCGGAGGUCGUAUAGGUUGCGGCGCUAUUGUCCGAGGGUACGGCCCGGGCGGCCUUCGCUCGGGUCAUUUCGACACGCGAGCCACGACCUGGCGUACGCAGUGUACAGUACAUCUCAUCGGAGCUGCCACCGAUGUUGUACAAGUCUCUUUGUUUAAUUAUAACUUAAGGUUACAAGGCUGUAGGUCUCAUAUAGAAAUUUUAGAAGGUCUCCACGAAUUUAGUUCGAGAGAAAGAGACAGGUCUGAGAAAGGAGAUCGUGCUCUGCUCAAGGUGUGCGGGCCCGCCGCUCGAGAAGCCAGGGAUCCGUCUGGAAGGUUCUUGAUACGUCAAGCUGUGACUUCGAAAGGUGCUAAUUUGACGAUAAUGGUGCGAAGAGCAUUGUCACAGAACGCAGAGGAGGAGGAGUUUGUUGAUGGUGCAUUCGCGUUUCAUGACGAACAACACGAAGGGACUGCCUCGCCGGACGCAACGUGCGCGUCCACGCAUUACGGUCUCGCUGCACCGGCCCACGGAGGAGUCUCCGCACCCUCGCAUCAUCAUAUAUUCUGGAAUAUAGAAGAGAGACUGCUGUGUACACAUCGGUUUAUACCGGCCUCAAAUCAAAGUGUUACUGUGGAGAUCCAGCGGUUAGACCGCAUGUGGAGUGCAGAACCGACGGGGACCACUGGCGCGUCCGGAUGCAGGACGGCCUGUGGCGACGCUGGGUGUGAAUGCAGAGCACAAACUCCGUUACAUUAUCAUGAUCACGUGGCGCUAGUGGCUGGAGACGGAACCCACCUCUCCUGUCUGUGCGGCGAUUUUCAGGCUGCUUGGUUGCCUGUCGUCGUCCGUAGUUGGACCAGCGUCCGCCUGGAGUACUCCGUGGCCCACUACACGUAUGCGAGUAGGGGAUUCGAUUAUGCUGCUGCAUAUAGUUUCAACGAUGAUGCCAUGUGCGGGCAGAGAACAUUUACAACACAUUCAGGUGAGAUUUCAUCGAAGAACGUGUCCGUCACGGGAAGCUUAAACGAGUUUUUCUAUCAGCAGUGCACUUGGGUGCUUGACUCGAACGUCGAGAGACAGCUUUUCAUAGAUAUAACGUCGGAACAGGACAAGUCGUGUGGUUCAUGGAAUAUCACCCUUCAUGAGUGGUCUGGAGCAGGAGCGCACAGCGACGCAGGUCUCUCGGGAGCGGCGGGAGACCUCCUCUAUACGUUCUGUGCAAGACACAAGAACCACACAUAUACGUUGCCUUGGAGACUGAAUACCCUUGUUAUAAGGUUGGUAGCACUGUCGCGGCAACAACCAUUGUACACGAUAAGGUGGCGUUCACAAGUCGUAAGAGCGAACAAUCGCUUGGGACCCCCGACACCCGUUCCCGCAGCCUCGGCCGCGGGCAAUGGGCUCACUAUCUCGUACAUCUUGUAUUGCGUCUUAUAUUGCAUACUACAGUACGCUUUAUAAUUUUGGUUAUUAUCGAACUAGGAAUUGUAAACGAACUAAAAAACGUAAUGGAGUGUUCCGUGAUUAGAUUUAAACGUCAACAAACAUUUUGUAAUACAUUUUAUACAUAGGCAAUUAAUUGAGAUAUGUUGUAUUGACCACAGCAUUUUUAAUAUUUGAACACUGUGAUUUAUGUCACUUUAUUUUUUUGCAAUUCAAUCUCUUUAAGGAGUAUGCAAAUAAUUGAGAAACACUUGCGUUAAUUUCAACUUUCUGAUAUGUUUUUUAUGGCUUAUUUAAAAUCAUUAAAAUGGUUCUACGAUAAAUCGUGCUGUUAUUGUAAGCAAGAAAACAAGUUAAAAUGCGUAAUGAAAUUAUUUUCUUUAUAUCUAGAUAACUAAUAGGUGUUUAUAUUGUGUAUUGAUUUGCGUUGUAGUUAGUAAUGAAUUUAGCAUUAAAUGGAUUAUGUAUUUAUUGUCAAUUACGUAACUAACAUUUAUUGUUUUAAAAGGUAAUAAUGUGCGGAACAACUAUAUAGGGAAGGGAUAAGAAAAAGCUAUUUUGGCGGUCGUAUACGCUUUUUCUCGCCAAAGGCUUUUUAUUUAAGAUGUUAUUUUUGUUGUCGAUUUUCUUGGUAAUUUACUACGAAGUUACAAUCUGUUUGAGUUGGUUUGGGUUUAUGCUGGUAAUUUAUUAUGAUUUUUUGAUGGACUUUCAUAAAAAAGUAUGCACAACAAAAAUCGCAGAUCGUUUUCAUUAUAACUUUAUUCACGGAAAGUUUUUAAGAAUAUUCAUAUGUUAACUAUUACAAACAGCACGAAUACUUGGUGGCUAGGUUUUAAUCGUUAGAGUGAUUUAUCGUGAUCUCUUAAAUCGAAACUUUGUUGAAAAAUUGAUGUCCAAUUUUCUAUUAAAUUAAGUUAUUCGCCCACGAUUUAAAACAUUAAAGUAUUGGCCAAUCAUUUAUGCAUGAAGUCGUAGUCUUCGUUACAUUGCUUGUUCAAGCUCCGAGCCUUCAAACUGGACGCGGAAUCUCGGUUACUAGUAUACUAAUACUAUAACAGUGACCGAGUAAUACUUAGUAAUACUAGGUACUAGUAUUCUCAAAGAUUUAAAUUGUUAGGAUCGUGGUACACAUCAAAAGUCGUCAAAUUUUAACAACGUUUCAGGAAUGAUAACAGGCGAUAAGUAAUUAAGAAUUAGUUACGCUGCUUGAGUAUGAUAGAUAGGCUUUAUGGUGUUUUUUAUACAUUGCUGACUUAGUUGCCUGCAAUAGUGAAUCUAAAUAGUGCUUUGACAUAAAAAUGCAUACAACGUUUACUAAUAUCAGUAAAAUUAGUUAGAUGUAAAUAGUCUGAAUUGACAGAUUUUAUAAUAAUUUUGUUUUGUUUCAAUCUAUUUGUUUGGAAUCUGUCAGUUCGUAAUUUUAGAUUUAUUACGUAAGAAUGGCUAAUUAACUUUACUUAAGUAGAAUAUUAUUAAAAUAAUGUUUGUUACACCGAAAUAGAUAAAUCAAAGGCAAA